AUGGCAGAAAGUUUAAGAGGAAAUCUGGGACUGAAGAGUAGCCCCCUGGCCCCUACUGCUUGCAAGUUGUCCACUCAGUACUUGGUCCUUGACCAUAUGACCAACCAUUAUAACAAGAUUGCAAAAGCAAGGUGUGGUUCCGGAUAGUAGUUCAAAACUCCUGCCAUUAGAGCCUUUCAGAGGGUUGAGCAAUGGCUUUUGUGACUCUAAUAUGUUUACAGCAGAUAGUGGUUUAACUAUUUAAUUUGAAGGAACACUCUAGCAACUUUUACAAUGUGAACAAAAAGUGCUGUUAUUGAUACCAAGCCUCCAAAGAGUUUAACAACUAGUCAGAAAAUGCGAGACAGAAGGAACAGAGAGUCACGUAUGAACACUCCCACUCUGCACAAGUCUUUCUCUCGCUCUCACAGUGAUCUCCAAAGUUACCAUGACCUCUUCAAUGAUGAGCCAGAAGAUGAGGAUAGUAGACUUGUACACUCCAUCAUGAAAGCCACACUUACUGGUCAGCCUGGAACCAGCAACAAAGCUACUUAUGGCUCCACUUCCUUGAAUGAGUCACAUAAUCUAGAGAGCAGUAUGUUGCUCAAACAAGGUGGAGAUACUCAGAUGGGAAGCAGAAGUUUUCGCCCUGUUUCAGCCAGGUCCACCCAAUCCUUAAGAUCAGCAAGGUCUGGUCAUUCUGUGACCAGCCUGACCUCAAGAGUGUCCAUUCAUGACCCUGCCAAAGUGACUUACCAGGGUGACUUGCUGGACAAAAGGCCUCACCUCUUCACUGAGCCAGAUAGAGCGUUCACUCCGAGGACACUUAAAGUCAACCACGAGUCUAAAUUAAAGAACUCCAAGUGGUACAACCCACCUCGUAGGAGCAGCAGUCAGUCGAGAGCUUCCAUGGAGAACACUGGAUCUAAGCCUUCAAGUGUCAGGAAUAAAAAGUCUGAUUUGUCGCCCAGACCUAAUGCUUCAAAUCAAGAUCUCCAGGAUGCUCCAGAAACUGCACAUCUUUCUGAAUCUAUGCUGAUGGACAUCACUCUACAAAGUCGAGAUGGACACCAACAACAUGAGGGCAAGGGUAUGGUUCCCCCUUUGGCGAUCUCCAUGGACCAGGACCACAUGAAUUGGCUCCAAGAGCAGGCAAGUAAAGCAGAGGUCAGAGCACGGAGUCAAGGUAAACUGAGGUCCUCCAUUCACUCUGAUGAAGAUAGUCAAGUGCAGACUUUGAAGUCCAAGAAUACUGACCUGAGAGAUGCCAUUAAACUGGAAAAGACAAACAAUUGGCAUUCCCUUAAAUCAGUGGAGUCUCAACACUCUGUAACAUCCUGGAUCAGCCAAAGACUGCUAGAGGAGUGAGUCAUCUACACAUUGUUCUAUGACCAUUUUAUUUUAAUUUCUUUUUGUUUAACAAAUUUUUAUUUGUUGUUAUCUAUUAAAUUGCUUUGUUUUAUACAUUUGGGAUGUUCCUUUAGAAAUGAAGAUUAUUAUGUCCUAGACCAAACCUGAUGCAAGAUGCCAGGAGAUGGCAAUGGGCAGUGCUUGAAUUCAUGACAAUAGUGAGGACAGUUUGAGGUCCAUGCCACAUGACCAGGCAGUCAUUAUUGUAGUACCACAUUUUAGUCUCAUAUAUUAAUCAUUUAGUAAGACUUAGUAACAACUGAUAAAGUAUUCAUCUGUAAGUAAUAGUGGAGUGAUUAACUGGUCUAAAAAGCUUU